AUGAUGGAAUGCUGGAAAACCGUUCUAGAUAAGGCGAUGGAUGCAGUAAGAGACGUUCAUCCAAGUCCGUACAAUCUCGACGGCAUGUACGAGCCAAUCCGUCAAACUUUGGAUUUCCAUCAUAUUGAGCAAAUCAAUACAAUGGUGUUCCAUUUCCGCGAGUUGUCUCGUGAAGUGACUUCUCAUCUUGGAGUCAUUCCAAACACUGUGAUCCGGGAGCUUCGCAGUCUCAAUCAACGUAUCGUUGAUACGAUCGAGCUCAUGGAAAGCGACAUGGUUCGCAACGAACGUGCUCCAUACGAGGCAAAACUGGGUUUCUACCGUCAGGAGUAUCUGGACAUGACUGUUCACUUAAAAGAUUUGGUCAACAUUCUUCACAACGUUCAACCACAACCACAAGUCACUCCCACUGAGCAACCAUAA